UGUGGCAUCAGAACAAGGAUCAAAGGAAUAUCCUUUCCCACCACCUUCCUUUGACUUCUCUAGCUAAAUCUACAGCGCGAUUCUCCGUUUGAUCCUUCUUCCGUUAAAUUUGAGAUUUUGCAACCCCCAUUAAAAUACACAUCUAAAUCUUCCUGUCCGAUCUCCAAAGUCAACUCCUUUUUUUUUUUUCUUUUUGUUUUACUUUCUGUUUUCCUCUUCAGCUCUAGAAAAACUCAAGGAAAAAAAAAAAACAUUUUUUGUAUAUCUUUAUAUAUAUAAGGGAUCCGAAUUGUCAAGGGAGGAGAUAAUUAUUAAGAUUUUGUGUAGAGAGAGCAAGGAAGCAAAUCGAUCAAUCGAAUGGAGAUUGAAGAAGCGAGUCGUGAAAGUGGGCAUGUUGUGUGCGGAUCAUGGAUUCGUCGCCCGAAGAAACUAAACUGGGCCAUUAUCGCCAGAGCUGCCAAACGCCGUGGCUCAUCUUCUCCGUCUCUCCUUCACAUCUUCUCUUUCGAUCCCAUCACUACUUCUCUCUCCUCCUCUCCCUUGGUGAAUUCUAGGUUGUUUCUUUGGAUUGGGAAAUUUUGGGGUUUUCAAGCUGUUUCUAUAGCAACACAUACGCUUAAGGAAAGUGAUGGUGAUCCUGUGGCAGUUACAGUACAUCCUGGUGGUGAUUAUUUUGUUUGCUCUACCUCCAAAGGUGGUUGCAAGCUGUUUGAGAUUGUCGGAGGAGCAACAGGUAUUACGAUCUUAGACAAAGAACUCCCUCCUCUCGAAAAUGCUGGACUACAAAAGUGUAUGGCCUUCAGCUUUGAUGGGUCUAAAUUAGCUGUUGGGGGUGUGGAUGGGUGUCUCAGAAUUAUGGAGUGGCCAAGCCUUCGUGUAAUUUUGGAUGAGCCAAAGGCACACAAAUCCAUCCGGGAUAUGGAUUUCAGUCUUGACUCAGAGUUCUUAGCCACAACAUCAACUGAUGGAUCAGCUAGAAUAUGGAAAGCAGAAGAUGGUUUUCCUUUGUCUACUUUGGAACGUAGUGGGGAUGAAAACAUUGAGCUGUGCCGUUUCUCUAAAGAUGGAACCAAACCCUUUUUGUUUUGUGCUGCUCAAAGAGGUAAUACGCCCGUGGUCAAUGUUUAUGACAUUAGCUCAUGGAAGAAGCUUGGGUUCAAGAAGCUGUCAAAGAAGACUGCAUCAACAAUGGCAGUGAGCUUGGAUGGCAAAUAUAUUGCUUUGGGUGGGAAAGACGGAGAUGUAUCUGUCGCUGAAGUGAAGACUAUGGAAAUCUACCACUACAGCAAGAGGCUACAUCUUGGCCAAUCCAUUGCUUCACUUGAGUUCUGCCCUAGUGAAAGGGUUAUGCUGACAACUUCGAGCGAAUGGGGUGAGAUGGUGACUAAACUCAGUGUGCCAAAGGAGUGGAAAGAGUGGCAGAUUUACGCAUUGCUGUUUUGCUUGUUCAUGGCAUCAGUCAUAGCUGCAUACGUUUUCUUCGAGAACUCGGAUUCGUUUUGGAAGUUACCAAUGGGGAAAGAUCAAAGAAGACCAAAGAUUAGUCUUUUUGGAGAUUCCUCCACUCCUACUGAGGAUCAUAAUAGGUGGAACUUGGACCUAUAGAACCAUUAUGUAAAUCCACGACUGUUUUUUUUUCCCUAAAACUUUGUUGCUUGUUUUUUUUUUAAUCUCUUCUCUGUUUUUCCUCGCUCUCACUAUUAUUUUGAUUUUGUCUGACAAUGAACUACUCUUUUGAUUCCGGAGUUGAAAAAAUUCGCUUUGCUGUUUCGGCGUCGUUUGCACA